AAACAUAAAUAGUAUAAUUGAGGCCCAUUAAUAGUCAAAUUAUAAUUCAUGCUGAUAACAUUUUUUUAUAGGCAUAAAGAAAAACAAAAAUUAUUUUCUACUUCUUGUUACCCAAAUGAAGGUGUGUAAUUAACUUAUCUGAAAUUCGGUGGCUUGAAAAGCAAAGAGGCUGGGGAGUAGUAGUAGUAGUACUAGGUAGCACAAGAAGCAGUUACGACGGUUGCUGUCUCUAAAAUGGCGGCGGCGGCGGCGGCGGCUACGUUGUGCUUGCCAAGACCUUGUUGUACUCCGAAAAUCCCGUUUCCGUCGGAUUCAAGAAUCAGCAGCUAUCGAAUUGGAGCUGGAAAGCCUCAACAAGCUUCAACCAAAGCCAAAGCGGGUCUUUCCCUCUUCUUGGACUUUGUAGAACCAGCUUCUCUCCAGCUGCAACUCCAUGAACCCUCCAAUGCUCUCUCUUUGCCCACUUGGGCUGUUCAUGUCUCCAGUGUCGUUGAAUGGAUUAUAGCCAUGGCUUUGGUGUGGCAAUACGGUGAGAAAUCAGGAUAUGAAGCUUGGAAGGGACUUUCUUGGGGUAUGGUGCCUCUACUUGGUGGAGCAUUCUGUGCUUGCACAUGGCAUUUCUUUUAUAACGAUGAGUCUCUAGAGGUAUUGGUGGCUCUUCAAGCGGCACUGACUCUUGUAGGUAAUGCCACGAUGUGCAUAGCUGCAUACCGGAUAUACAAAUCAUCCCGUGAAAGCGCCUAGAAUUUUUGAAUUGUUUGCAUGCAAAUGCGGGUAUAUGAAUCAGUAUAUACGCUUGAAUGAAGUUCCUAGUCUUCUCCUGAUUGAUCUUCAUGAGCCUGGAUGAAUAUGAGAAGAAUCUGCAGAUGGAAUCCAUAAGAUCUACCUUUCCUCCUUAACUCCUGACUUCAAUCUCUUACUGUUUCCAAAUUGUCUUCUAAUUUCUGUAAAAGGAUAAACAUGCUAGGAGAUGCUCAUACAAUACGUGUAUUCAUUUGACAAGGUCCCAGCUAUUUAAAGUUUUUGUAUUUAUCUUUAUCUUCAAAUGAUAUUAUCAUGUGGAAAAUAUGAAAUUCAUUUUCAUAAUGAUACAUUGUUGCAAAUUUUCCUUGUGUUAUUUUAUCAAUAGAAUAUUUUCUGUAUA